GUCACUUUUCAACCAAACUUGGAUGGUAGAUGUACUUGGGGAUCUGAAUGUUAUGCUACAGUCAGCGGUUACAUGCCAGCUAUUUCUGUAGGGAAUAUAGGACAACUGACCUGUGACCUGAUAAUAAACACUCUAAAACUUACAAAGACAGGUUGUUUUUCAGACCAGUCUCUACAGCCUCUCUGUGGAAAUGAUGCAUUUCAUUCUGAAGGAAUAGCAGCUGGAAAAUUGGUCACCAGUGCUGAAGUUUAUGAGUCUCGGGAGAAGAAGAUAGUUGUGAUCCAGCAGCGGACAGAUCUUGUACAGGGAAGAACCAGUGAGUUUCGAAGAAAGCUGAUUGAUUGGAUCAAAGAGAGUGGCUUCUCAAAAGUCCUAUUACUCGCAUCUUGUUUUGCCUAUGAGAAAACAGAUGCUCAUAUUCAAAGCAAUAUAUGUAGAUAUUUGAUGACACCUUCCCUUGAGGCUAAGAGAGAUGAGUUUGUAUCCAACCUCUUGAAGUAUUCUCGUCUUGAGAAGAAACCUGUAGAAGCAGGAUUAGAGUUGACAAGCCAACAAGAUGACAUUCCAGAGGCAGGUAGAGACAUCCAUCUACCUGGAGGAGGCAUUGCUAGAAAACUCUUUAUUGACUGGUGACCCACACAAACGGUGAGAAGAGGUAAAGAGAGAAAGGGGCACAGCAACUGAAAGGAGAGGGAAGUCCAGACACUCUACCAUUGUCUGCCAUUGAAUAAGAAGUCUCUCUUUGGUGAGAUUGUUCAAGAGUCAAGACUGUUGAAGAGGUGACGUCAUGGACCUGGUAGCACCUGGCAAGGGAACUAUAUUACUGUUCAUAAAUGUAUUACUCAAGUAUCGUAAAAACGCUUUAAAAAUUUGAACAUUAACAAAAGUACUAAUUUUCAUUUUUCAAAGAUGAUAAUCAUUAUAUUGACAUU